UUGUUUUCCAUGCAGUAACACCGUACGACCAGGAAGUCGUAAAGCGACGUACACUCUUCCCGUGAUCAUAAUAUUUUUGAAGGCUUCCCACGAGAUCGAGCGAUGUGACUUGUUCCAAAAUGAGUAAGAGAAAAGGCAAAGUGAUCACUGAAGCAACAACUUUCAAGAGCCGCAAAGUCGCAGCUGCGAGUAUCGAAAAUACGCCAGAUGAUGCAAACCCAAGUCAUCAGGGGAUCUGUUCCAAGGCCUUCGCUCAGUUUUCUACAGGCGACAUUGGACUCAUUGAAAGCAUCAGUCUGAAGAAUUUCAUGUGCCAUCAUUCUUUUGGUCCGUUCCAGUUUGGGCCAAACGUGAAUUUCAUAGUUGGCCACAAUGGAAGUGGAAAAAGCGCUAUCCUGACCGCUUUGAUUGUAGGCCUCGGGGGAAAGGCCACUGUGACGAACAGAGGAAUGUCACUGAAAGACUUCGUGAAGACCAAUGAAAAUACUGCAGAUGUAACCGUAAAGCUGAGAAACAGAGGGCCAGAUGCUUACAAAAAGGAUGUUUACGGCGACAGUAUCACCAUUGAACAUCGGCUCUCGAGUGAUGGAUGCCGGACCUGCAGGCUGAAAAGCAAAUCAGGACAUCUCGUCUCAAACAAAAAGGAGGAAUUAACGGCCAUUUUGGACCACUUUAACAUCCAGCUGGAUAACCCAGUAUCCAUUCUCAGCCAAGAAAUGAGCAAGCAGUUCCUGCAUUCAAAAAGUGAAACAGACAAGUAUAAGUUCUUCAUGAAAGCAACUCUGCUCGAGCAGAUGAAGAGAGAUUACAUCCACAUUAAACACACUAAAAUGGUCACGCGGGAGCAGGUUGAGAGGCAAGAGGAGUGUCUCAAGGACCUGAAGCAAGAGUUCCUGCAGAAGAAGGAACGAUAUGAAAAUGUUGCAUCCUUCAGUGACAUGAAGGUUGUUUUGGAGAAUCUGAAGAAGGCGAUGGUAUGGUGUUUGGUGAGUGAGAAGGAGCAGCUCUUGAAGCAGUUGAAGGAAGACAUUGAAAAGGAAGAAAAUAAUUACAAACCCAAGGAUAACCUUCAGCUCUGUCAGACGAAGAUCAUACAGCUAGAGAAGAAGCUUCAAUGCAUCAAAAGCAAAAUUGACACUCUGAGAGAAGAGCAAGAGUCUCUAUCAGAGGACAAUGUUAAGUUGAAAGAACAAGCGAAGAUCAUUAGCAAAGCACACAAGGACCAGGAGGUCGUUUAUUUUCGAGCUCUAAACAAGCUGAAACAGUCGGAACAAGAGCAAAACCUUCUCCAGGAGAAGCUUAACAAGGCAAAAGCAAGUAAGAGUCUGAACAGUGAGGGAGACUCUGAAUACACGAAACGGCAGAAGAGUUUAAGUAAUCUGAAAGAGCAGCUUGGAGAGCUCGAGAAUAAGUGCACGCACCUGAAUCAAGACAUCAAGAACAAACAUCAGGCGCUUCUCAAAGGGAAGGAAGAACUGGACAAGCUGAGACUGGAGGAAAGGAACGUACAGGCUUCGUACGAGUCCAAACUAAAGAGGAAGAAUCAGCUGCUCGCCAGUCGAUCGAACAAACUAAAGCGCUUUGGAGACCAGGUGCCUGACAUGAUGAGUGCAAUUAGCGAGGCUCAUGCCACGGGACGCUUCCUCAAGAGACCUGUUGGUCCAAUAGGGGCAUGUAUCAGUUUAAAGGAUCCCUCGUUAGCUGUGGCUGUGGAGUGCUGUCUGCGGAGCUUCGUGAAGGCGUUCUGUUGCGACAACUACAAAGACGAGGCAGUCCUCCAGGAGCUGAUGACUCGCUUUUAUCCAAAGGGCAACAGGCCACAGAUUAUUGUCAGCCCCUUCUCUGAUAAACCGUACAACAUUCAUGGAAGGAAAGCAUAUCAUCCGGAGUACCCAUCGGUAAUGGACGUAAUCACAGCAACAAGCCCAGUCAUUAUCAACUGUCUGAUUGAUAUGCGAGGGAUAGAAUCAAUCCUUAUAAUCAAAGAAAAAGAUAAAGCGAGGAGGGUCAUGCAGCACUGCCGUCCACCUAAAAACUGCCGUGAAGCCUUCACUGUUGACGGGGAUCAGGUGUAUCCAAACCGUUAUUACACGUCUGAUUUCAGCAUGGCAAAAUAUCUCGGUGGGGACAUUGAGACUGAAAUAAGUUGCUGUUUAAUGCUGGCUUCUGUGAAUCAUGUCAAAGCAGCAAUAACUGAUCUGGUGACUGCUAGUGAGGAGCAAAUUAAUGACAUCAGCUCACUGGAAGAAGUUGCCCAAGAGAAUCAGCAGAAAAUCGAGGCAGAGAAGCAAAGUGUUCAAGAAGCAAAGGCAGAACUCGACAAGCAGCGAAAAAUGGCCGAAGACUCAGAUUCCAAGUACUCAUCUGUCAGAGACCGGAUUGAUCAGCUUCUAGAGGAAAUAGAGCCCCUUAAGGAUGAACAGCUGAAACUGGAGACGGAGUGUGCCAAGCAUGAACGAAACCUGAAAAUCUUAGAAAACAAAGUGAAGGCUCAUGACGACAACAUUGAAGGCAUGAAAAAUGAACUUGCCCAAAGAGAAGAAGAGCUACAGGAAUACGUGGCAAAGGCUACAGAGAUUAGUCCUGAACGGCAGCACGUGGUCGGCAACACCAAGAGCAUCGGCACAGAAAUCACUCGACUGAAUAAGAAGAUCAAAGUGUACGAAAGCAACCACGGCGAGCAGCAGCAGGUGGUCAGGGAGUACGCCGAGGCCCUCGCUCUCUACAGAGAGAAAACCAACCAAGUAAGAGAUUUGCGGAGGUUCAUCGAUCGUCUGGAUAACAUCAUGUCAGACAGGCAGAACAGAUACAAAAUAAUGCGUAGGUCCCUGUCUGUCAGAUGUAAGUUAUACUUCAAUAACUUCCUAAUAAAGAUGAACUGCUGUGGAUCUAUGAUUUUUGACCACAACAACGAGACGCUCUCUAUCAUGGUAAAGCCUCCAGGCAGGGAGGAGGAUGGUGUGAGUGACAUGAGGUCGCUGUCGGGUGGUGAGCGCUCCUUCUCCACUGUUUGCUUCAUGCUCUCACUGUGGGAGAUCACCGAGUCACCCUUCAGAUGCCUCGACGAGUUUGACGUCUACAUGGAUAUGCACAAUCGAAGAAUCUGUCUGGAUCUGCUUCUGGAGCUGUCAGAGCGGCAGCAUCUUCGACAAUUUAUCUUCAUUACACCUCUGAACACCAGCAAUCUACCCAAGUCGGACCUCAUCAAAAUCCACCAGCUGCGGGCUCCAGAAAGACACCGGGGUCAAACAGAAGAUGAAGAUGUUUAAACUUCAGUGACAUCAGUGGAUGAAUGUUAAUGGGCAUUACUGUAUACAGUUAGAAAAAAACGUUUAUGAACCCUUUUGAAUUACCAGGAUGUCUUCAUUUAAUUGCUCUAAAUGUGGUGUGAGCUUCACCUAAGUCUCCAGUGGUAUGCUGGCUAGAGUAAACAGGCUAUCUAAAGAGCUGUUUACUUUAGCCGGAAAGAGUAAGUGUGCUUUUGAAUUUAUUUCGUGACUUGUAGAUCCUCCUCGGGUAGCAACAACUCCCAUCAGACACUUCCUGUAGCUGGUCUUGAAACUUGUACAGUGAUGAGGCAUUUUGGACCCCUGCUUCCUACAAAAUAGUUUCAGUGCAUUAACAUUUAUGGAUAAGGCGCAACAUCUCACUUGGAUUAAGACAGAGACUCUGCCUUUAUCAUUACAAAACCCAGUUUUCUUUAUCAGCUGUUCUGUUGUUGGCUUGCUUAGAAGUUCUUGAUAUGGCGCCAGGCUCUGAGGUAUCAAAGCAACAUCAGUCCAUGGUUUUAAAAUUAGAUCAAUAGCAACAUAUGACAUAUUACACCGUGCCAUUAUUCAUUUAAGAAAAAUGCAGCGCCCGCAGGUCGGCCGCUACAUUUCAACCGCAAGACCUACAUGCGCCUGCUCGCCUAAUAGCUGAAGCAGCACCCUUCAGGUCUGGACUUUGACUGAGUCAUUGCAACACCUUGAUAUGUUUUUUCUUUUUCAGCCAUCUGAGGUAGAUUUGCUGCUGUGCUUGGGAUCAUUGUCCUAUUUUAUGGCCCAGUUUGGGCCAAGCUGUCGGACAGAUGCCCUCACAUUUGACUCUAGAAUACUUUGGGAUACAGAGGAGUUCGUGGUCGACGCUGUGGCUGCAAAGCAAGCCCAGGUUAUCACCCCUCUGCCACCAUGUUUGACAUUGUGCUGAUAUACUGUGUUUGCUUUACACUAAACGUGGCGCAAUGCAUUAUGGGCAGACAUCUCCGUUCUCGUCUUUCGAAGGCAGAUUGUUCCAGAAGUCUGGUCAUUUCGUCAGAUCCAUCUUUUCGAACCCAAGUCGUACGCCAUGUUGUUUAUAGAGAAAAAGGCUUUCUCCUGGCAACAAUUCGAAACAAACCAUACUUGUUCAGACUUUUUCUAAUUGUGCUGUCAUGAACGUUUUAACACGCUAACUGAAGCCCGUAGAGUCUGAGAUGUAGCUCCUUUUUACACUUGCUCUGAGCAACGCUCAGCGCUCUGGCUUCAGGGUGAAUUAAGCACCUUGAUCAACCGUUGUUGCGAUUUGGCACUACAUAAAUAAAAUUGAAUUGAAUUUGCUGGGAGGUCCACUACUAGCAAGACUAAGCACUGUGUAAAAUGUUUUCCACAUUAAUCUUUGUCAUUACAGCACGGUGUCCUUCAAAUUGUUUGGAAAUGGCCUCGUAACCUUUUCCAGAUGAGCAGCAACAACCGCUUUUCUACGACAGCUGCUGAUAUCUGUGCUAGUUGGCAUUGUUUUAACUGCUCCAGACCUCCAAACUAAUAAAACGUCUGCUUUUAUAGAGGUGCUCACAAUUGCUGAUGAUCAUUUAGUCAAGUGCAUUUGAUUAGCAGCACCUGGCUCGUACCCACCCCCUGAAUUCCAUUGGAAACAUUAAGGGUGUACUUAGAUUGCGUUUUGGUUUAAUUAUUAAUGGCAAAGUGUAAUAUGUCAUGUUUUGUAGGUCAGAUUAGGUUGUAUUUACCUCAUUUUAAAGACUUGCUAAAGCCACAACUACUUUGUGUCCUGAUAAUAAAACCUUAAAACUGACAGACAAACAUCCAGGUGAUCGUUUGCAAGCUUGAAAUGUACCACAGUAUGUUUGUGUGGAGUGUUUUUUGUUUCUUUUGUUGCACUGAUUUCCAUGGAGGCUCACACAAACCAAUCUUUCUUGAGAUUCUUCUUUCUUUUUUUCAUUUCUAUGAACAAUCUGUAAUUUAUACAGCUGUAUCCAAGAAGCUGUUGUUGUUGCUCAUGUGAAGGCUCGUUUUUAGCCUACGAGCGCUUUGAGCGAUUGCUCAGUGUGUUCACUAAAGGCUGCUUUUAUGAUUAGUUUUGAGUUUCUCUAUUAUCGUUACUUAGAUGAAGAUCACGCCACGUUUUUAACGAGGACUAAAUGAAGCCGUAGUUGCAGCUGUAUGUCAGUAUUACUGUGUGUUUUGGAGAUCGCUGUUUUUUAAAAUGUCAUUUUUCUUGUGAUGAGCACUCGUAAAGCACAGAUCCUUCCCUGUUGGAUCAUGUAAUGGAUUUUGAGUUCUCAACUUUUCAUUUUAUGUAAUGUUUUUAUCAUUUUAUGGCAAAUGAAUGCAGGCUUUUAAAACAACACAGGAGGUUGUGUGCCAAAAACCAUGCACUGUACAAAGUUAAUGUUUUGUCCAUAAUAGAUAAGAUGUCUGAGUGUAAUUUUAAUGUUUUAAUGAAACACCGAG